UUGAAAUGUACUUGAAAAUAGCAACAUUGCUUUUUAUUAUUCAUAUUAUAAGAAAAGAAUGCAAUGGUAUAAAUUUAGACAAGAUACAAUCAACAUCUAAAGAAUAUGAAUAUCCUGGCUAUGAUGGUUGGUACAACAACUUAGGGAAACCAGAACUUGGAGCCAUAGAUCAACCCCUAUUAAGAAGAACCCCAAAUUCAUACAAAGAUGGUGUUUACGAGCCAAACGACGACGACCUUCCCAACCCGUUUGAAGUAAGCGAUGCAAUUUUGGCCGACAACGAAUGGCGCCCAUCGACCACAGGAAGAAACGCAUUUUUAGUUUAUUUCGGGCAGCACGUAGUGGAAGAAAUUUUGGACGCGCAAAGGCCGGCCUGUCCGCCUGAAUAUUUUAAUAUAAAAAUACCGGAAAACCACAAAAAAUAUCCACAUAGAAAAGUCAAACCAUUUCUCAGAACCAGAUACGACCAGAAAACUGGCUUCAGUCCAAACAAUCCAAGGCAACAGUUAAACGAAAUUACCCCAUACAUUGAUGGAGGUUUGUUCUACGGCAUCACCAAACAAUGGAGCGACCAACUAAGAACCUACGCCAAUGGAACCCUGGAUCAAAAUGGAAAGCUGGCUAGUUCCCACAACGGCCUAUUCCCUGAAUACAACAACCAAAGUUUACCCAUGGCCAAUCCACCUCCACCAACCAACCACGACAUUUAUGUGAAACAACACGAAACUGACAGUGUUAAGAGAUUCUUCAAAUUGGGCAAUCCGAGAGGCAAUGAGAACCCGUUUCUAUUGUCCAUGGGAAUCAUAUGGUUUCGUUGGCACAACCAUUUAGCUGGACAUUUCCGGAAAAAACACCAAGACUGGAGUAGCGAGAAGAUUUUCAACGAAGCUAGAAAGUGGACGAUAGCAACUCAGCAGAAAAUAAUUGUGUAUGAUUGGUUGCCGGAGUUUGUGGGAAAAAAUUUGACGACUUACAAAUAUGAUCCUAGCGUUGAUCCGCAGAUUGAUCAGGUUUUUCAAUCUGCGGCUUUUCGUUUUGGGCACACCUUGGUGACACCAGGGGUAUAUUUGCGGGAUUAUGUCGAUAAAGGUUGCGGCAAAAAUUUUAAAGGUUGGAAUAAAAGUGUGGUGAGGACUUGCAAUAGUUUUUGGCGUCCAAACGAUCCAAUAUUAGCUCGCGAUGAACAGGGCGACUUUCUUAAUGUAGACAGAUUGAUCAUGGGCAUGACGGUCCAAUUGUGCGAAAAAGAGGAUUCCCAUGUUGUUGAAGAUCUUAGAGGGAACGUGUUUGGACCUUUGGAGUUUCCCAGACGAGAUUUGAUGGCUCUUAACAUACAGAGAGGGAGAGAUCAUGGUUUGCCAGGCUACAGUGCAUGUAGACGAGCUUUUGGAUUGGGUGUAAACAAAUUUGAAUUAAAAAUACACAAUAUGCUGUUAACGCUGUACGGAAAUGACAAUCUUUAUGAAAAAAUUGAUGCAUGGGUUGGUGGAAUUUUGGAAACCACCGAUAAAGGCCCGGGCGAAUUUUUUUCGACUGUGAUUGUGGAUCAGUUUAACCGCAUUAGAAAUGGUGAUAGAUUUUGGUUUGAAAACUACGAGAUGAACAAACUAUUUAAAAAAGAGGAAGUUGACUUAAUCAGAAACAUAAAAAUUCGGGACAUUAUAUUAGCAGUUACAAAUAUAACAAAAAAUGAUAUACCUCAUAAUCCGUUUAAGGUGCCAAUUCAAAAUGUUGAUAUCGAUUUAAUAAAUAAGUGCAACCUUGUCCAUAAUUUUUCGUAUGAAAAUAAAAUUUACCAUCAUUUGCCUUCGUUAAAGGUAAAAGAUCUGGAACGUUGUAAAACUGGAUCUUCAGAUGAAGAAAAUAUUAUGUAUUAUGACUAUUUUUCCAACAGCGAGGCUUCAUUUGGGUUUACAUUGUCAUUCCUGUUCUCGUUCAUAUGCGGAACCAUAGGAGUUAUUUUCUUGCUGAAAAGACUUCAAGAAAGAAAGCUUAGAAAAAUGGGUAUAAAUUUGAACGAUGCCUAUAAAAAAUCAGCAAUAAAACGACAUAAAACAUCAAAAAAGAGUGAGGCAGAUGUGGUGGUUUCAGGAACAGUUUGGACGGAUUCGAAAACGCCGCCCAGAAGGGUGGUUAUUAAAAUUUCCAACGCCAAAAUCGAAGUGGAAUCCAUCAACGGUACUCUAAUGAGAGCACUGGAAUACAAAAAAGGCGACGAUAUUCGUUUGGUGUACGUAUGCGAUCAACCAACGUUAAUUAUACAAUCGAAUAAUAGCUCUGAUUUGGUGCUCAAAUUUGAAACGCAUUAUAUGAGAAGUCAACUGGAAACGAAACUGGAAAAUUUCGUCACCAAGUUGGGAUUAAAUAGGCAAAAAGAGACCAAAAUGCCAUUCAAAGCUGUUAAAAUCACCACUCAAAAAGAUCGCCAGAAAAAAGUCGAAAUGUUCUUCAGAGUAGUUUUCGCUCAAGCCUUCAAUAUUCAACAUUCCAGCAAGGAAUUGCUGAAAAUGGACUCGAAUGUUGCCAGAGACAUAAUCAACAUUGAGCUGACACUGUUGGAAUUUGCGGAAUCGUUGCAAAUGAAGCCGUCAAAUGAAUUUGUUCAAAAAUUGUUUGAAGUUACAGACCGCAACAAAAACGGAUUUAUUUCCUACAGAGAAUUUGUCGAUUUGUAUAUUAUUUUUGCUAAAGGGGACGAGAAUGAAAAAGCCAAAUUGCUGUUCAAAAUGUACGAUAUUGAUAACACCGGCCAAAUUUCUCGCGACGACUUCAGGGAUAUGAUAAGAUCGUAUUUUGAAAAUUGCGAAGGUAGAGAAGUGGAAAAAACUAUACAAUCAAUGGUGAAUGAUGCAGGUCUGGAUGGAAAAACUUCCUUUAAUUUAGAGGAUUUUAAAAAAAUUCUUGGUGAAGACAUAAAAUCACUGAACAUGGCAUCAUUGGGCUUCCCAGGCGUAAAAGAUUCACAUUUGAUGAAAACUGUCAAAGAAUUCGAAAGCAUUUAUAUUUUCAGAAACGAGUUGAAUAGAUUCCAAAACGACUUUAGUGCGAAUGAAGAAGCAAAAGCCAGUAAACUUGUUGAUGAAGAGCAAGAUGCAAUCUUGAAGAGUUUUAAACCGGUAGCAAUGAAAUCGCCUUUAAGAAAAUUUCUGGAAAUUAGGUCAAAAGAAAUUUUUUGGACAACUUUAUACACUUUGGUUUUGCUGGGAAUAUUUAUUGAAAGUGCCUAUUAUUACGCUGUGGAAAAGGAGCACACAGGGUUCCGAAGGAUUCUAUGGUAUGGGAUGAGUUUCACCAGAGGCGCUGCUUCAGGAAUGAUGUUCACAUAUUCCUCACUACUAGCAACAAUGUGCCGAAACACCAUAACUUUCCUUAAAAACACACCUCUAAACCAAUGGAUUCCGUUUGAUUCGUCCGUCACAUUCCACAAGUAUAUCGCCCGUUGGGCCCUAUUUUUUACAGUAAUCCAUAUAGUCGGACACGCCUUUAAUUUUUACCACAUAUCUACACAAACUGCAGACGAUUUGUCCUGUCUAUUUAGGAAUUUCCACCAUGCAACACAUGAGCUGCCGAAAUUCCACUACUGGUGUUGGUGCACUAUAACGGGUGUUACCGGUAAUUUGCUAGUCUUAAUUUGCUCCAUUAUGUACGCUUUUUCCCUCCCUCAAAUAGUCCGGCAAAAAAUUUACCAUUGGUUUUGGUAUACGCACAAUUUGUAUCCCGUCUUUUAUAUACUAUUGGCGAUUCAUGGUGCUGGACGACUUGUACAGGCGCCCUACUUAUUUUAUUACCUUGUUGCUCCUUUGACAGUAUUUACCAUCGACACGAUUAUUAGUGUGAAUAGGAAAAAAAUCGAAAUACCAGUACUGCAGGCUGAAAUACUUCCUUCGAAUGUGACAAUGUUGCGUUUUAAGAAACCAUACAAUUUCCAAUACAAAGCUGGUCAAUGGGUGAGGAUUGCCUGCGUGAACUUGAACAAAAACGAGUUUCAUCCGUUCACGCUGUCCUCAAGUCCACAAGAGCAAGAUUUAACUGUUCACAUAAGAACCGUCGGACCUUGGACCUCAAAUUUACGAAACGUUUACCAGAACGCCAUGCCGGAAGCCCCAUUACCGAAAAUUUAUCUGGAUGGGCCUUUUGGGGAGGGUUAUCAGGACUGGAACACCUACGAUGUAUCAAUUUUGAUCGGUUCCGGUAUUGGUGUCACCCCAUUCGCCAGUAUUUUAAAGGAUAUAGCUACCAGCAAAGAAAUUUUUACCUGUAAAAAAGUUUAUUUUAUUUGGGUCUGCAAGACGCAACGCCAAUUCGAAUGGAUGGUGGAUACAUUGAGACAAGUGGAGAAUAGCGAUACAAAAAAAUUCAUCAGCUGCCACAUAUUUAUAACCGAGUUCUACGAAAAAUUCGAUUUAAGGACCACUAUAAUGUAUAUGUGCGAGAAACACUAUCAAAAAUUUUCGAGCAAGUCACUUUUUACCGGUUUACAAGCUGUUACUCAUUUUGGUCGACCCAAUUUUGCGCGCUUCUUUACAACUGUAGAAAGUAUCCAUACCGAAGUGUCACGUUAUGGGGUUUUCAGCUGCUCAUCACCUUCAGUCGUUACUGGAAUCAACAACGCAAUUCGUGAAAUGAACAAAAAAUCGCGCGAAAGAAAUGUCCGAUUCGAACACCAAUGUAAAAGUUUUUAAAUAAAUAAAUAAACAAUGCAUAACAAUUAA